CCGCGCGGGGCGGGCAUGGCGGGCCGCGGCCGCCGCGCCUGGCUCAGCGUCCUGCUGGGGCUGGUGCUGGGCUUCGUGCUCGCCUCGCGCCUCGUCCUGCCCCGCGCCUCCGAGCUGGCGGCGGCGGCGCGGCCCCACCGAGCCCGCCCGCAGGGCUGCCGCUCGCCGCCCGCCGCCGCCGCCGCCGCCCCGCCGCGCCGCCCCGGCCCGCCGGCACAGAGCUUCCUCUUCGUGGGGGUCAUGACGGCGCAGAAGUACCUGCGGAGCCGCGCCGUGGCCGCGCACCGAACGUGGUCCAAAACCAUUCCUGGCAAGGUUGAAUUCUUCUCCAGCGAGGGUUCGGACACCUCUAUUCCCAUCCCCAUCGUGCCGCUUCCAGGUGUAGAUGACUCUUACCCACCCCAGAAGAAAUCAUUCAUGAUGCUCAAAUACAUGCAUGACCACUACUUGGACAAAUAUGAAUGGUUUAUGAGAGCUGAUGACGACGUUUACAUCAAAGGGGACAAACUGGAGAACUUUCUUCGGAGCUUGAACAGCAGCCAGCCCCUCUUUCUUGGGCAGACUGGCCUCGGCACCACCGAGGAGAUGGGGAAACUGGCGCUGGAACCGGGUGAGAACUUCUGCAUGGGAGGACCAGGAGUGAUCAUGAGCCGGGAGGUCCUGCGGAGAAUGGUGCCCCACAUUGGCGAGUGCCUGCGAGAGAUGUACACCACCCAUGAGGACGUGGAAGUGGGAAGAUGCGUACGGAGGUUUGCGGGAGUGCAGUGUGUCUGGUCCUACGAGAUGCAGCAGCUGUUCUAUGAAAACUAUGAGAAGAACAAGAAAGGUUAUAUCCGAGACCUGCGGAACAGCAAGAUCCACAGAGCCAUAACACUGCACCCCAACAAGAACCCCCCGUACCAGUACAGGCUGCACAGCUACAUGUUGAGCCGCAAGAUCGCAGAGCUGCGCCACCGCACCGUGCAGCUGCACCGGGAGAUUGUCCUCAUGAGCAAAUACAGCAACACAGAAAUCCACAAGGAUGACCUGCAGCUGGGGAUGCCACCCUCCUUCAUGCGAUUCCAGCCCCGCCACCGGGAAGAGAUCUUGGAGUGGGAGUUUCUGACAGGAAAGUAUUUGUAUUCAGGUGCCGACGGGCAGCCCCCUCGGAGAGGAAUAGACUCUUCCCAGCGUGAAGCACUGGAUGACAUUGUCAUGCAGGUGAUGGAAAUGAUCAAUGCCAACGCCAAGACCCGGGGCAGGAUCAUAGACUUCAAGGAAAUACAGUAUGGCUACCGCAGAGUGAACCCCAUGUACGGAGCGGAGUACGUUCUGGACUUGCUGCUUCUAUACAAAAAGCAUAAGGGGAAGAAGAUGACCGUCCCCGUCAGGAGGCACGCGUACUUGCAGCAGACAUUCAGCAAGAUCCAGUUCAUGGAGCACGAGGAGAUGGACGCCAAAGAGCUGGCCAGCAAAAUCAACCAGGAUUCCGGAUCCUUGUCUUUCCUCUCCAACUCGCUGAAGAUGUUUGUUCCCUUCCAGCUCAGCAGAUCGAAAGUGGAGAGGAAGGAACUCAAAGACAAGAAGAUCAACAUCCUGAUUCCUCUCUCCGGGCGCUUUGACAUGUUCACGAGGUUCAUGGGGAAUUUUGAAAAGACAUGCCUCAUUCCAAACCAGAACGUCAAGCUGGUUGUCCUGCUUUUCAACUCCAACUCCAACCCUGACAAAGCAAAGCAGAUCGAGCUGAUGAGAGAUUAUCGCUCCAAAUACCCCAAGGCUGACAUGCAGGUUUUACCGGUGUCGGGGGAGUUCUCAAGGGCACUGGCUCUGGAAGUUGGAUCCUCUCAGUUCCAGAAUGAGUCUUUACUUUUCUUCUGUGAUGUUGACUUAGUGUUUACGACAGAAUUCCUCCAGCGGUGUCGAGCCAAUACAGUUUUGGGUCAACAAGUAUACUUCCCCAUCAUUUUUAGCCAGUAUGAUCCAAAGAUUGUUUAUAGUGGAAAAGUUCCUAGUGACAAUCAUUUUGCCUUCACCCAGAAAACAGGUUUCUGGAGGAACUAUGGCUUUGGUAUUACCUGUAUUUACAAAGGUGAUCUUCUUCGAGCAGGUGGCUUUGAUGUCUCCAUCCAAGGUUGGGGCCUUGAAGACGUAGACCUGUUUAACAAAGUCAUUCAAGCUGGCUUAAAAACUUUCCGAAGCCAAGAGGUUGGAGUGGUCCAUGUGCAUCACCCUGUUUUCUGUGACCCUAAUCUCGAUCCUAAACAAUACAAAAUGUGCUUGGGGUCCAAAGCUUCAACAUAUGGGUCCACACAGCAGCUGGCUGAGAUUUGGUUUGAGAAAAAUGACCCAAAUUUGGGGAGAAGCAGCAAUACGAAUGGCUCCGUGAGGACAGCCUAAUGUCCAGCUAUGCUGGAAAAGACUUUUUUUUUAAUUAUCUAAUUUAUUUUUUGGGAAAAAAAAAAAAAAGAAGAAAGUUUUUUGAUAAUUCACUUUUAAAAGACCACACAGGAUAUAUUUUAGAAAUCAUCGUUGUUUUCGUACAAAGCUCUCAUUUGGAGAAGAACAAAGCCCUCGGGUUUCUUUGUUGUGGUGGUUUGGGUUUGGAACGAAACUCUGAUCAAUCUUUGCCUUCAGACAAACCCAGAGGCGUUGCAGAGUUCCUGAUCGGCGGAAAUCUGACUUGAAUUCCAGUUUCCUUAAGAACAAAAGAUUGUUUCCUGCUUUGUUCCGUCGCUGUCUUCGUCGUUGGGAUUCCGUAAGUUGGGACCUGGCAAGUGACAAGCCGGUGUCUAAAGGGGUGGCUGUGACUGCUGCCGCGCACAGCUUCUGCUGCUCUUGUUAAGGAUGGCCAGGAGUUCUUGAAUUGAGGUUGACCCAUCCCAGUCCGUGUGGUGGUGAUGAGGGGGUGAAUCCCAGGAGCGGGUUUUCCCUAAAGGCUGGUUAUUCCAGUUUAAAAAUACACUUCCAGACAACUCCAAGGCAGGGCAGAAAGUGAGCACAACCUCCUGUCCCGUCGGUCCCUGUAGGGAUCUUUGUCUUUUCUAU